AUGGACCAGUACACCCUAACUGGAGACAUUAAGUUGGUUGGACAAGAAAUACUGUUCCGUUCAGAUUACACAUAUAUUGCAAAACAAAAGAGUUUCUAUAAGGUUCACCAGCAGCCUGAAACUUGGUUAGAAGCCAAACGCAUAUGUGCUCUCGAAGACGCAACCCUAUUUCACCCAGAAAAUGCGAAAGAAGCUAAAGAUGUGAAGUCGUUUAUCAGUAACUCUAUGCCAUGGAUAACUGUGAUACAAACAUCAUUAAAUGAUAUCGAUAUAGAAGGAUAUUUUCAGACCAUUGAUGGUAGACCUAUCUCCGAUGUAUACAGCAAUUGGAAGAAAGGCGAGCCGAACAAUAAACGUGGCAAUGAGGAUUGCGUUGCCAUUCUAGGCGAUGGACUGUUGAACGAUUCCGACUGCAACCUUAAGAAACAUUUUGUCUGUAAAAAACCGCUUCAUUCAGUGCAUUGGAAUUCGAAAUGCAAUAUGUCGAAUUCAGGUUACACAUUUAAUGAGUACACUGGUAAUUGUUAUAAGUUGCACACGAAACCCAUGACCUGGUUUGAUGCGUAUAGGACAUGUAUCAUGGAACAGUCAAACCUUGCCAUGAUUGACUCUGAGUUACAAAGAAACUUACUUAGGAACCUAACGAAAGACGCCGUGACCAUAAGGAUUCAGGAGGCUUACCAAAAAGGAAUAUUUCAUUUGGGCUUUCAUAACAGAUAUGAUCAUGGUUGGGCGACAACUAAAGGAAAACCUCUGGAAAUGGUACAUGGGAACAACUGGUGGGGCGGCUUCUACCCUGGUUACACAUUUAAUGAGUACACUGGUAAUUGUUAUAAGUUGCACACGAAACCCAUGACCUGGUUUGAUGCGUAUAGGACAUGUAUCAUGGAACAGUCAAACCUUGCCAUGAUUGACUCUGAGUUACAAAGAAACUUACUUAGGAACCUAACGAAAGACGCCGUGACCAUAAGGAUUCAGGAGGCUUACCAAAAAGGAAUAUUUCAUUUGGGCUUUCAUAACAGAUAUGAUCAUGGUUGGGCGACAACUAAAGGAAAACCUCUGGAAAUGGUACCUGAGGAAAACUGGUGGGGCGGCUUCUACCCUGGUGAAGGAUGCCAUAACAACUGUGGUGCUAUGUUCUAUAAUGGAUACCUGGUUAACAUUAAUUGUCAAACGAAGAGUUUAUUUAUUUGUGAACACCAAUUAAAUAACCAGGUUAAACCGGACACUACAAGACUACCCGAAGAAGGGCUUGGACCACGCGAAAACGCCGUUUACUGA